AUGGUCCACGCCACAGGCGAGGAACGCGCUGUGCACCUUUCGCGAGAGGCUGUUGAGUUGAGAGAUGCUGGGCACCAUGAGGCCGCUGUACGAAAUCUGCGAGAAGCCCUCUCGCUCGCGCCCGACAACGUCACUGUGAAAGACGCAUUGCUGAAGAUCCAGCAUGAAGAAGGGAAUGGGCACCAUUUUCUCGAGCUCUGCCGCCGCUACGCCACCCAGAAAGACGAGAAGGCUGGUAAAGACGCCGCCCGCUAUCUCCGGACUGAUGGUCUCGUCCCGCCGGAGAGUGUAGGGCUGGAGUGUGCGAAACUUCUGCUUUCGUACCAAGCGCAGGUGCUGUCUUCGCUCCAGGAUGAUAUUAUCUCCGGUCUUGUUCGCCAGAAUGCCAGCGUGCGCCAGUACUUCUCCAGCCAGCUUCAAGUUUCCGUGACCACCUUCUUUGACGAUCUUUACGAUAGGGGCGAUGGUGCUGCGGUGUGUCUUGAUACUGUUGUUCUGGAUCAUGCUGUUUGGCCCUCGGAGGAUGCUCGCCUGCACUGCGAACGAGAGCUCUUCCAACUCUUUAUCGCCAAGCUCAUGGAAUCCGGUCAUGAUUUGGACGGGCGGUCACUCAAGGGCAUUGCUCGUCUUUUGGCUGUUGAAGCGGAUCAGUUGCGAGAUCUAAUGGAUGAUGAGAGCCUUGACGUGGUUGUCUCGUCCUUGGAUCACCGUCUUCCCUUGGAGUGGAGGAGCCAGGCUACUUUGGCGACCGUGAAAUACCUGGAGUCCUCCAAAGAUGUCGGACAAAAGCAGUUCUCGCAAAUCAUUUCGGCCAAGCUGAGCAAAAACCGCGUUGAUGACCUUACCGUGGCAUUUUCUGCCACUGCCGCCAUUUUCCCCGUUGCGCCUGAAGUUGCGGCCGGUCUCUUCCUCUCCGACGCGUUCAUCAACUCUUUGAAACCCCUUACCGCACGAGACGCGAAAAGCCGUAGAAUGGAAAAGGCGGUUCUGGAGCUGCUCAAUGCUGCUUGCAUUAACAGCACGAGUCGCGAGGCUAUUUCCAAGAAUGUCUCUGAUUGGCUCUCUCACAUCCUCACGAACGGCAGUGAUGAGAGCUCGGAGUUGGCGGCCGUCAUACUGGCAAAGUUGCGGGCUUCUACAAAGGAAAGCACUGGUAAGGCUUCAAAUGGCAAAAUUCAGAGCGACGACGGGAAUGUUUCUGAGCUUGUUGACCGAUUCAAGGGAUUAAUGUCUAGGCAAGAGGUGGAGCAUGUCUCCAACGCGAUUGAGGGUCUAGCCUAUUCCUCAAUCAACCCCGAGGUUAAAGAACAACUUGCUGGAGACAAGACUUUUCUGCAGGGCCUAAUCAGGGUCUUGAAGGAAAAGUCCAACGACACCUCGAUUCUAUACGGUGGGCUGAUGAUUAUUCUGAACCUCACGCAGUUUCUUCCCAACCUAUCCGAGGAACAGAAGAAGAUUUCUCAGCUCAAGUCUUAUGCCGAGGCAAACGCCAACGCGGUCAAGAAUUCUCCGAAUGUUUUUGAGGACGACAAGCAUGUCAUAGCUCGUUGCGCGGCUGUUGUGGACGCGGGAGCGGUUCCUCUCCUGGUGGCCUGCGGCAGAAACACUACACCUUCAAACCAUGAACUUAUCGGCCGUAUUCUGCUCUCUUUAUCUCGGAAUCCGAAACUGCGUGGAACCUUGGCGCAGCAAGGUGCGGCAAAACUUCUGCUUGGUCUUGCCACUAGCACGAGUGCCAACAACGCGAACCUCAUAAACACCUCGCACGCGCUCGCACGCAUUCUCAUCUCCGUCAACCCUGCCCAUGUCUUUCCCUUGUCAGGCCUUCCCCAUGUUACAUCUGCCAUUCGCCCCUUGAUCUCGCUGCUUGCGUCUCCGGAGACUACGAGCGUGACUGCCGAACAACCGCUGGAUAUGUUGCCGGUGUUUGAGAGUCUUCUUGCACUUACAAACUUAGCAAGUCACCCUGAUGCGGCGGCAGCAGAGGCUAUUGUUCGUCAUGCUUGGCCCCAGGUGGAAGAUCUGCUCCUUUCCAAAAACCCCCUCAUUCAACGAGCAGCCUGUGAGCUGGUCUGUAACCUGAUGACAUGCGAAUCCGGUGUCAUCAAAAUGGCCGACGGUACCCAGCGGGCAGCCCAACGUCUACACAUUCUGCUAGCUCUCACGGACACGGAUGACCUUACCACGCGACUGGCCGCUGGGGGUGCUUUGGCUAUGCUGACAGAGUUCGACCCCGUCAUUGCCGGGGUGCUGGGCCGACCGCGCGGUGUCGAGCUCUUGCUCAACCUCUGCCAGGAAGAAGACGAUGGGCUCAUUCACCGUGGCGUUACCUGCGUGCGGAACCUGACUUGUGCUGCCUCCGGCGACAUUGGACGUCGUGCCAUAGAUGCCGUGAAGCAGGCUAAAGGCAUCGAAGUCCUGAGCAACAUGCUGAAGAAGACGCGGAACCAGCUAGUGCUUCAGCUCGGUGUCGAGGCGCUGAAGCCUUUGGUCGAGAAAUAA